UUAUGAGAAAUUUAAUUCUUUUAACUUUCUCACAUCAUUUGAUUUAAUAAAUAAGGUAGAAUCUUAAAAACAAAUACUCCUUUUGCAUUUCAUCAUAACAAUUAUAAUCCCAACAAUAUUGCACUACUGUAUUACAUGUACUGUAUGACUCAGGCACUUUUAUUUUUGGCUCCUAGCUGUACUCUUUGCACAUUGCAAACAAAUAUUUAAACACAUGUACUUUCUUUUUCUGACUGAAAAUCCAAAGAACUCUGAAAUCCAGAAUUUUAAAAGCAUAAAAUCUAUUGAAUUUUAUAAUUGUCCUUUUAACAUAUUUUUUCUCACUGCAUUAUGGGUUGGAGAAGAGUGAAAUAAAAUACAAAUUUUAGAAAGAGUUUUCUUCUGCAUUAGCAAAGUCCUAAUAAUUGACAUCAUAUAGCAUUUUAUUAUAUUGCCACUUUGUGGGAAUUUUUAAAAACCUGAAAACAUAUAUUCAUAUUGAUUGUAACCAAUAAUGUUAACUGGAAAUGAAAAAAAAACAACAACCCAUAAGCAUCUAAGGUGUAAACUGAAUGUCAUUUCCCUAACAGAGCAAGAUGCUACAUCUGAAACCUAAUAUUAUACUAAAACUACAUUUUGUGCCUGAUCCUGAUUUGUUUGUUCACCCAAAACUCCCACUGACUUCAAUAUGAGUAUUGAUACAUAAUCAAAACAGAAUUAGGCCCUUAUGCUGUUUGAAGUAAGAAAAUUACAUUAGUAUGCUCAUAGUGGGAAAAUUAACAGACAGAAGAGUAGAAAUUAUGAUUAAUCGGAAAGAUUUCUGAUAUAUUAAUAUUGAAGGCAGCCUCUGCAAAUUGUAUGUUUAUUUAAAACAUAAGACUAAAGCAGCUUGAUUGUUUAAACACCAUUAUUUUUAAUGCAGUUAGAGAAUUUAGUAGUAUAAUUAUUACAGCAUAACAAUCUGGGAGAAUAUAUUACCUUGAAUGGGAUACAGCUUUUUAUAGGCUUAUCCACUUAUCCAAAUUUUGCUCUUGUUGCACUGGUUUAAGUAUUAAGGAACAUCAUAGACUCCAAUUGAAUUAAAUUCAGGUUACAUUUACAUAGGUGUAUCCAAGAACAGAUUUUGGUCCCCUUCCAUCAACCAUGGUAUUCAACUGUAAGUUAAAUAUGUGAAAGAGUUUGUUUGUUUGUUUAUUUAUUUAUUUAUUUAUUUACUUACUUAUUUUAUACAUAUAGCAGCUUUCAUUAAAAAAAAAAAAAAAUCAAACCCCAAACAGUUCUACUACUGGUUUUAUUGCUCUUCCAUACUGAUUUUGAUGGAAGAGGCUCAAAAUACCCUUAAGUCUCUUCUCCUAGCAUCUCAGUAGGUCAGAAAGCACUUGUUAAAAGGUAUGAGGAAAACAGAGAGCUGUAUUUGUUAAAACAUGCCCUGAAAAAUUUAAAUAUGGUAAAUAAAGAUCACAAGACAUUUCAACUUUCAUGUAGGUGAGCAAUUAAAAAAAUCCACUUCUGUUCUUGUUCCAGAAUACACUGUUGUUUUAAUGCUUUAUCUGUUUUUAUCUCAUUAACAACUUGUGCCAGCAGGUUAAGCAUAGUAUUAACCAAAACUGGAUAAGAAAGUGUUAUGUUGUCUCAGGUUCCAUAACUACCAGGUGCACCCACAGCAUAUAUAAUAAUGGUUUGUAUUUUAUAGCACUUUUAAUCUGGGGAAUCUAGAGUGCUUUAUAAGCAUGAAUUAAGCUUCUUAAUGCCUGUGUGAGGUAGCUAAAUAUGCUAAUACUUAUUUUUAUAUGGAUAAACCAAUACACAGAGAGGUGAACUGACUUGCCCAAGAUAAUGCAGAAAAUCGUUGGCAGAGUUGGGCAUAGAACUCUCAGAAAUUCUGACUCCCAGUGCUGUGCAUGGACCACUAGACAAAUUUACAGUCUGGUGUCACAAUCACUGCCUUCUUCUGAAAAGCAAACCUUUGUUGACUGCCCCUAGGAAACGGUGAAAAAAGAAAAUAUACCUUCUUACUUAUGAGAUUGCACUCAAUUUCAAAACCCUGAGGAGUGCAAAAUUCAUCUGGUGUUUUGCAAAAUACUCGCAGGUAAUGAGAGUUUGCUUUGUUUUUUUGUCCUUCCCACCCCCGCCUUUUGUCAUUUUUUAUUGUAGGUAAAACUGGUAAUAAUGCAGUUAAAAAAAUAACACUGAGAAUUGAAUAAAGCCAUAAAUUGCUCUUGUUCAGAGAUGUAACAAUUUCACUCCUAUUGAAUUUUAGCCAUAAUCAGUUCUAAUUUAAAUUACAUAGUGAAAUUUAAUACAAUUAUGAAGAAAUCACAUAAACGUUUAAAGGGAAGUUUAAUUGUAGGGUGAGAAAAUGUUUACUAUAAAAUUGCUCCUUUUAUGUUCCAAUGACUCCUUAUGAUAUUUUAGGACUUCUCCUUUAGGUAAAAUAUAUUACCUGAAUAAGUAUAUGAACAUUUAUUAAAGCAUUAUUUAAAAUUAUUUUAAAGCAUUAAAUUUAAAUUAUUUAUUAAAGCAUUAUUUUAAAGCUACUAGUACAUAAUGCUUGAUUAUUAAAUUCUGUUAUGAAUAAGAUGGUUGUUACUGGAGGAUGUGUUCUGAAGAUGUUUAUAUCCCAUUGUGGGCUGUGUGAGUAUUUGGCAGGGCAGUAGUCAUACAUGGAGCAUUUGGAAUUUAUUUGACCCUAGUCUACUUCCAAUAGACCAAAAACUGUUUAUAAUAUUGGAAGUUUCUGACUACUUAACUCCAGUGGAACCCUCUUGGAAAAAGUCAGUUUUACCCAAUGGACAACUUCAGUUCUGUCUGAAGGCCACUGUAACUAAAUUGCAUUUAGUUUGUUUGUGCAUUACAGUGCAUUAGACCAAGUCUGAGACUUUCAUUUUACUUUACUAAAUUUUCUCUCUAUGGGAGUACACUAUAAGCAAGUGCCACAGUUUGUGCACCUAUGUGUAUGUAACCUAUAAAUUAAAUGUGUAUGCAUGCCAUAUUUGUCCCUCAGAAUUAGAAAGUAAACUCUGGGAUCAAAAAUCAUAGGCCCAAAUGUGCUUUCAAUUUACAGCAAUGAACAGCACUGAGUUCUUCUGGAUAAAAACCUGAGGAAAACAGAGCAGAAUGGGACCUGUUUUUAUUUGAUGUGAUUUCGAUAUUGUUUUGGAUGGGCUAUAUAUCUGUAUUAUAACAACAACUUCCGAUGAAGUGAGCUGUAGCUCACGAAAGCUUAUGCUCAAAUAAAUUUGUUAGUCUCUAAGGUGCCACAAAUACUCCUGUUCUUUUUACGGAUACAGACUAACACGGCUGCUACUCUGAAACAUAAAGUCCAUGUGUGUAAAAUAGUGGGCCACAAGCAGAUGUUAUGGGUAAAUCGUCUUUCCCUACAAACCCCAUUUUGUCAUGUUCAUAAUUUUCUGAAAAUUCUCUUUUGGGCUACAGUUGUCCAUGUUGGGUCUGGUUGUUGAGGUGAAUUAUUCUAAGAAAAAUUUAAUACAGAUAGAUAUGUGAACACCAACCUCAAAGCCUGGAGCAUAACGCUCCACCCCCCAGCUAGUGUGUGUAACCAGGGUACUGUAUGUCUGGUUCUAGCUGCAGCUUGUCCUGCUCUAUGGAAGGAUGCAGUAUUUCUCUCUCCGUGUUACUUUCACAGAUUGAGACUAGAGAAAGGGGAGAGGGCAAAGUGGAGGAAUAAACCAGAUCCCAGCAAUACACGCCUCCCUUCAUUCCCUUUCCCUCCUCCUCCUUUUCCUCUGCCCCCCCGCCCACGUUACUUUGAUUGACAGUUCAGCCUCUCCCCCUCUCCUUCCCACCGACCUUCCCGUUCUCCCUGCCUCUCUGAGCGUUCCACGGCCUCCUAUUGGUCCGCUCGGAAGGGUCCUGCAGCUCCGCCAGGAGAGCGGGCGGGACCAGAGCCUUGUCCCAUUGGGCAGUUGAGAGGAGUACAUCAGCACCCCACGUUGGCUGGUGAGCAGGCGAUUGGCCAGGGAUCCCUGCCUCCCCUCGAGUGGGCGGGGCCGGGUGGCUGGUUAGCUAGAGGAGUGUGAAACCGCGUGUUAAUGUAACCAGCGCGGGCGGAUACAUUGUGUCCCGUUUACAGAGAGCCUGCUAGUGCCGCGGCGCAGCGCCGCGCUCCCUGGGCCGUACCCCGCGAAGUUUGCAUACUGCGCACUAUUAUCCAUGGCGGGGCGGCUGUAAUUGCGGGGCUGCUUUCCCCCUCCCCCGGCCGCCGGUAUCUGGAUGUGUCACCUCGGGGCGCUGGAGAGAACUUUGUCCCGGCCGUGAGCGGGGCGAGGCGAGGCGAGGCGCCGGCUCGGGAGAGCCCAGGAUGCUGCUGCGCGCGGCGCUUGCGGGGCACUGGUGAGAGUCGCUGCUCCCCGAUGCGCGCCCGGCCGGAGGAGGCUGUAGUGGCGGUGGUGCGCGGAGGAGCUGCCCUUUGAUUAGUCCCGCCGGGGGGUGGGUGGCUUGGGACCAGGGCGUGGGUGUUGGUGCCUCUCUUUGCAACGGCCCGAGGAGUCUCCGCGGUGCGUGGUUCCCCUUCCCCGCGGUGCACGUGCCGCGGGAGCCGGCCCCCGCUACUCUGCCACCGGCCCCUUCGCCAACGCCCGGGAGCAGCGCGGCGCUCGCUGGGGACUUUCUCUUGCGCCCCCGUCUGCUGAGUGUCCCGCCGGUGCUAGCCCGCCCGCGCCCCGGCCUGGAUUUCCCCUGCGGGCAGGAGCUGUGGGGAGAGGAGUCGCCUCCGCUCGGAGUUUCCGGUCUUACAAUUGCACAAGUUACGAGCCUGCGAAAGGGGAUUAUUUACUCUGCAGACAGAAGCAGCGGCCAGAGGAGGAGGAGGAGGAGGUCGGGCAGCGAGGGGAGCAGCCACCCCCCGCCUUGCACCACCCCCGCCCAGCGGAGCCGCGUGGCCUGGGGACCGGCUGGGGCCGACGCGCCCAAGGAGCCGACACCUGCCGGUGACUUUUCAGAAAGCGGCGGGGGCGAGUUGCUGGCCGAGCCCCCAGCCCUACAACAACAAAGGAGGCGGCGGGAGGAGGAUGCCGCGGCCGGGCCGCUGAGCGGCGGCGUCUGCCCGCGGGGGCUGCUCGGUGCUCGGGAUCUAAAGUUGGGGACUGAGUGGAGAAUUGAGCUACAAAGGAGCAAAGCGGCGGCCAGAGCCAUGUUCCCCCAGAGCCGGCAUCCCACACCGCACCAGGCUGCAGGUCAGCCUUUUAAAUUUACUAUUCCAGAGUCUCUGGAUCGGAUCAAAGAGGAGUUUCAGUUCCUGCAAGCUCAGUAUCACAGCCUUAAAUUGGAAUGUGAGAAACUGGCAAGUGAAAAGACAGAAAUGCAGAGGCACUAUGUGAUGUAUUAUGAAAUGUCCUAUGGAUUAAACAUUGAAAUGCAUAAACAGACAGAAAUCGCCAAGAGAUUGAAUACUAUUUGUGCACAAGUCAUCCCGUUUUUGUCUCAGGAACAUCAGCAGCAAGUCGCCCAAGCAGUAGAACGUGCCAAACAAGUGACCAUGGCUGAACUAAAUGCCAUCAUCGGGGUACGUGGCCUUCCAGGUCUACCUCCUACACAGCAGCAGUUGCAGGCUCAGCAUCUUUCCCAUGGCCAUGGACCUCCAGUGCCUCUUACACCACACCCAUCAGGACUUCAGCCUCCUGGAAUUCCUCCGCUUGGAAGCAGUGCUGGCCUUCUUGCCCUCUCUAGUGCUUUGGGUGGGCAGUCUCACUUGGCAAUAAAAGAUGACAAGAAGCAUCAUGAUGCAGAACACCACAGAGACAGAGAGCCGGGCACAAGUAAUUCUCUGUUGGUACCGGACAGCCUGCGAAACACAGAUAAACGCAGGAAUGGUCCUGAAUAUUCCAAUGACAUUAAAAAAAGAAAGGUGGAUGAUAAGGAUUCCAGCCACUAUGACAGCGAUGGGGACAAGAGUGAUGAUAACUUGGUUGUGGAUGUAUCCAAUGAGGAUCCUUCAUCGCCACGGGCAAGUCCGGCACAUUCGCCACGUGAGAAUGGCAUAGAUAAAAACCGCCUGCUGAAAAAAGAUGCCUCUAGCAGUCCAGCAUCCACAGCCUCCUCAGGAAGUUCCACUUCCUUGAAAUCCAAAGAAAUGAGUUUGCAUGAAAAAGCCAGCACGCCUGUUCUGAAAUCCAGCACACCGACUCCUCGAAGUGAUGUGCCAACUCCGGGCACUAGUGCUACUCCAGGACUUCGUCCAGGCCUUGGAAAACCUCCAACAAUGGACCCUCUAGUUAACCAAGCUGCUGCUGGCUUGAGGACACCCUUGGCGGUAUCAGGACCAUACCCUACUCCAUUUGGAAUGGUACCUCAUGCUGGCAUGAAUGGAGAGUUGACCAGUCCAGGGGCAGCUUAUGCCAGUCUGCACAAUAUGUCCCCGCAGAUGAGUGCUGCUGCAGCUGCAGCCGCCGUGGUUGCCUAUGGACGAUCUCCUAUGGUUGGAUUUGAUCCUCCUCCUCACAUGAGAGUACCUGGAAUCCCUCCAAAUCUAGCAGGAAUCCCUGGGGGGAAACCAGCAUACUCCUUUCACGUUACUGCAGACGGUCAGAUGCAGCCUGUACCUUUCCCUCCUGAUGCCCUCAUUGGACCAGGAAUCCCUCGCCAUGCUCGUCAGAUCAAUACUCUGAAUCAUGGGGAAGUAGUGUGUGCAGUUACCAUCAGCAACCCCACAAGACACGUGUACACUGGGGGAAAGGGAUGUGUCAAAGUCUGGGAUAUUAGCCAACCUGGCAACAAGAGCCCUGUCUCUCAGCUGGACUGCCUGAACAGAGAUAACUACAUCCGCUCCUGUAAAUUGCUGCCUGAUGGAUGCACCCUCAUAGUUGGUGGGGAAGCCAGCACAUUAUCCAUAUGGGACCUGGCAGCACCAACUCCUCGUAUAAAAGCAGAGCUGACAUCUUCUGCUCCAGCCUGCUACGCUCUGGCUAUCAGCCCUGAUUCCAAGGUCUGCUUUUCCUGCUGUAGUGAUGGGAAUAUUGCAGUGUGGGAUCUGCACAAUCAGACAUUGGUCAGGCAAUUCCAGGGCCACACAGAUGGAGCCAGCUGUAUUGACAUUUCUAAUGAUGGUACCAAGCUCUGGACGGGAGGUUUGGACAACACUGUCAGAUCCUGGGACUUGAGAGAAGGGAGACAGCUACAACAGCAUGACUUCACAUCACAGAUCUUUUCCCUUGGAUAUUGCCCUACUGGUGAAUGGCUAGCUGUGGGGAUGGAGAGCAGCAAUGUGGAAGUACUACAUGUAAAUAAACCAGACAAGUAUCAACUACAUCUGCAUGAGAGCUGCGUGUUGUCACUUAAAUUUGCUUACUGUGGUAAAUGGUUUGUGAGUACUGGAAAAGAUAACCUUCUUAAUGCCUGGCGGACCCCCUAUGGAGCCAGUAUAUUCCAGUCCAAAGAGUCCUCAUCUGUGCUUAGUUGUGACAUCUCUGUGGAUGAUAAAUACAUAGUCACUGGCUCUGGAGACAAGAAAGCUACAGUCUAUGAAGUCAUCUACUGAAAAAUGUGAUGGGGACAUAACUCAUAGAGUUGAACUGGGCCAAAUGUUCUUAAUUUGUAGAAGUAGAGAGGUUUUACCUUUUUAAAAAAGGAACAAAAUAUCCAUUUUCAGACCUUGACAUGAAACAACUCCAAGUAUACAAAAUAAAAUAGAAGGCAACAUCCAGCAACUAGGUAUUAGCUACCUGGACCAAAUGAAACACAGAGGCAAGAUGGACAGAUGUAGCCUAGGUUUGGGGGAUUUAAAAAAACUGAGUCUGCUGAUGAAUGUUGAAGCCUUUUAUUUUUCUUUCUUUCUUUCUUUGUGACCUCAUGCAAAUCUUUCUCAUUGCCUGAAUAUGUGGGAUUACUUUUCUUUUCCUUGCGGUUCAACUUGCAUUCUGUCCUGUGUAGAGCGGUGGUGUCUCAGAUGAAUUUGUUUUCAGGUUUUGCAUCUUGUGAUAUGUUUUUGUAUUUUUGUUGAAGGUCAAACAUUUGUAUAAAUUGUAAAUAUAUUUGGUUUAUUACAGUAAAGGCUUUAGUACCAACAGUCUUUUUUGCUCUCACUUAUUAAGUGAUCUAUUUAAAGACUUUUUGGCGAUAUAAAUACCUUUUAUAGGAAAAUGCAAAAACUAUGUCCUAUGCUUUAUUUACUAACCAUCAAGUUCAUUAUCAUACGUGAAAAUAGUAGUUUCACAGACCUGUUUAUAAAAUUCAGUAGGAACUGUUUUUUAUGCUACAGAAAACUGAAAAUAAUUUUUUUUUGUAACUGAUCAAUUAGUGCCAAUAUAAAAAUUGAAGAACAAUUCAUAAAGAUGUGCAUUUAACUCUAAUUUUUCUCAGAUGUCCAAUAUGUAUUUGAUUUGGCAGAUGUAAUAUACAUAUGUGUGCCUAAUUAUAACCCAUUGAGCUCUCUCCAAAACACAUACAGUAAGAGGUGACUUUUCUCACACACCUAAUUAAUCAAGUUCACUCAGAAUUACAUUUUAAAUUAAUACAUCAAAUCUCUCGUGUAUUAAAUGGAGAUUAAAGUGAAUAAACAUUAUUGGACAAAUUAUACCACUUCAGAUUCUAGUUUCUCUUUGAGGAAGUGAUGUGGCCUGGCAACUUAUGGUCAUUCUGUAUAUCUAAGGCUCUUUGAAAUCUUAGUGAGGGCUCCCUGAGUUAAAUUGGAUCGUAUCCCUGCCAUUGACUGUGCCACUGUUAUUGUAGUUUUGAAGAACUCUGCUUUGAUGCCAAUUACCAAAGCUAGAAGCCCCCAAAUUAUCUGACUUGGCAUUAUGUGCUUUAAAGAUAGAGCUGGGAAGAGAGUUUGUGAGAACUACUGCUGAUGCACUUAAAUUGUGUAUAUUUUGGAAAACUGUAUCUGUUGUUUGGUUAUGAUAGACAAAAUCCUAUUAAUUAGGACUAAUGUUUGCAUGAUAAACUCAGAUACUAUGCUAAGGAGAGUCACAUAUGUACCUUGGUCCUAGAUAAUAAGCUGAAUAACAGCAUGUUAUAUAUGGAGAGUACAGAGGAACAGGAGGGAAGUCUUUGAACUGAUGCUUCAUGUGAUAUAAAUGGCAAACUAAGGUUUAUUGGCAAAGAACGGAUUUUCUUCCUGAUGUUUCAUAAGUGGCCCACAUCUCUGCUCUUA